CUGUCCACCAGUGCAGCGUUAGCUGGGUGGAGGGAAACACAAAUCUUAAACCAUUAGCUAGCGUCUAGCAUCCGUUUUGUAGUUUGUUAUUUUGACCUGCUUCUUGCUACCUGCACCGACAUGGCUAAUAAUCCUCCAGGACAAGCCUUCCCCAACAAGACACGGGUGGCGAUCCUGGCCGAGCUGGAGAAGGAGAGGAGACGCCUGAUGAAUACUCCUGGAGCCAGCAUCUCGCUGUCUAGACCAAAUCUGAAGGAUUUCAGGGACAACGCAGAACAGCAGCACAUUGCUGCCCAGCAGAAAGCUGCCCUGCAGCAUGCACACACACACUCAACGGGCUUCUUCAUCACUCAGGACUCCUCGUUCGGGAACCUCAUCCUCCCCGUCAUACCACGCCUGGAGCCGGAGUCUUGACCUUUUUACCUCUUAUCCUCCGCCUGCUGCCAAACAACACACAUGCAAAUCAGACCAACAUCUCUCUCCCAGUUUCUCUUUUAAGUCUGUGAUUAAUGGACAGCUGUCAUGUUGAAAACAGUCUCAGGGGAGUCUGAAUCUGUCAUUUUUGCAUUUUCCAACAACAACAAACUGACUGCUGAAAUUAGGGAAGCUUUCAAAAGAGUCGGAGAGAAGGUUCCAGAUAGCUGUGAAACAUCCAAAUCGUGCAGAGGCCAAAAACAAACUCUGAUUCUGCUCUGUUGCUCUUCACUGCACUGAUUCCAUAAAAUGCACAUUUGUCAGGGUUUUUACAUUAAUGAAUUUGUAUCGAUAUUUGCAUAAUAAAAUGGUUACAUUCAACUUUA